CAUGCAACGACACCUGUUCCUUUUUUUUUUUUUUUUUUUUUUUUUUUUUUUUGUUGGCUUCUAUUCUUCAAUUUUUUCUUCUUCUCCGCCCCAACAAUCGCAUCUCCUUUCCCAUUCAAACUCGCGUCCGGUGACGAUGAAGCGCAAUGGAGAAUCGCGCUCAAAAAUCUUCCCUGCCCGUCCCCGCUCUCCAGCCAGGCCCUGCACACGAGUCGUGGCCCGCAGCCAAUCACGCGUCGCCUAUUCGCGGCUCUCGUCAACUCUUGGCGUAGCUGCGUCAUCCCCGCCAGCUUUUCAUCCCAACCAUCCAUCCAUGCAGAACGAGCGCGCACUCCAGCCCGGGACGACGACCAAAACAAUACGUGCAGUAGAGAAAAGGAGAAAACGAGUCCACGAGACAGCAUAACACCGCCAGCUUCCAUCCACCAUUCUCCCCUCCAUGCCGCCUUGCUAGACACCACUCUCAUGCACAACAUCACCACCACCAUGCUGGCCAACGGCCCGCACCUGACUGCCCACGAGGCUUUGUCUGGCGUCUUCGGCUCCAUAUCGCUUGCCUCGUGGAUCUUCCUGUUGGUCCCCCAGCUCAUUGAGAACUACAAACAAGGCUCUGCCGAAGGCAUCUCCCUCGCCUUCCUCGUUGUCUGGUUCAUCGGCGACAUCACCAACCUGAUCGGUGCCAUCUGGGCCGGCCUGGUCCCUACCGUCAUCGCUCUAGCCAUCUACUUCUGCUUCGCCGAUCUCAUCCUCAUCUCCCAAUGCAUCUACUACAAUGUCAGGAACGCCCGUCGAGCCCGCAAGGCUUCUACUCGCACCGAGGACAGCGCCGACCAGCCUUUGCUGGGUAGACGCGACAGCAGCAACGUCGGCUUGCCGGGGAGCCAUAGGAGAAGGAGCUCUGCCCUCAGCAGGCGCCGACGCGCAAGUUCGUUGCCAAGCUUGAAGGCACAAGAAGACGUGAACAAUGAAUGGAUCAAAAAUUCUUUGAGCAUUGCCGGCGUCGCUGUCGUUGGCGCUGCUGGCUGGGCGAUUGCUUGGAAGACUGGCGUUUGGAUUCCUUCCGUCGAGGAUGACGCGUCCGGUAAAACACCCAUAGGCGCUGAAAUCCUGGGAUACGUGAGCGCCGUCUGCUACCUCGGCGCCCGUAUUCCCCAGAUCAUCAAGAACCAGAGAGAGCGAUCCUGUGAGGGUCUUUCUUUGCUGUUCUUCAUUCUCUCCCUCAUGGGCAACGCUACGUAUGGUGCAGGUAUUCUGUUCCACUCCACAGAGAGGGAAUACUUCUUUACCAACCUACCAUGGCUCAUCGGCUCUCUCGGCACUAUUGUCGAGGACGUGACCAUCUUUAUCCAAUUUCGCACCUUUGGAAACGGGGAGCAGACUUCAGCCGUCGAUGCAUCCUAAUGCAGGCUCACUGCGUAUCCAUCUAUGUUUGUACAUGUCGACCAUUUGAAACGUUUUGCAUCAUCACCCAAAAGUUAUUCCGUCGCUGUCAUUUAACGCAGUGUAUAUUUGUUGGCCAUGUCGGUCUCAGAUAUGCUGAAAGGUGGCAGGAACCGCUAUCCCUUGCUCGGCUUGCCCUCUCAGCCCACCCCCAACAUUCCUCCAGAUUUCUUUACAAAAUGCAAGGUGACCCCGCA